UACCGGCAAGUAGACCAGCUGAUUUCAUUGUCAGUUUAAGUUUCCUCGUUGAACGGACGGAUAUUUACCCUGACAGUUCACUUUAAACAACACUGGAUUUUAUUCUGCUUGAUCUCAGUAUCUAAAAGCUUCAUUUCAAGAUGGUUCGCGUCGUGUGUCAGAAUUUCCAGCGGCCGAGAAGCCGGCAUACCUCGGGCGAGUCGCCUUAUUCCGUUGAUUCGGACUUGGCACGGAGAGCCGCAGAGGCCUUGACCACGAUGACCGCCGCGGAGGGACGCAAGUUUGAUUCAGAUACAGAAACAUCUAGCGAUGCCUGUUGGGAAUCGGAUGGAGGUACAUGUUGGGAUGCUGGAACUAGCGACAGCGGAGCAGAGCCACCCAAAGACAAGGACGCGCUGUUGAAGAAACGCAAAGCAAGACGGAGGGAGCGAAAUAAGGUUUCAGCACAAGCUUACCGCCAGCGGAGGAAAGAACAGACACUCUCUCAGCAGAAGAUCCUGACUCAGUUGGAGGACCACAAGAAGGAACUGCUUGAGCAGAUCGAGAAACUGCAGAAGGAAAAGUGUCAGGUUGAGACCUUCCUCCGUAGCUGUUUCACUCGACAGGAGCCAGCCCCUCAGGCUUCUUCAUCCAUGGAUACCAUGGCUCAUCAUUUCCAUAAUAAUCAUCGACAUCAUGAGAAUCUGUGUCGUUCUUCCAACAUUCCUGCAAUCAUGAGCGUAUCGUGAGGAGAAGGCAUCAUCGGUGAAGGGAGUUCACAGCGGAGCCCGGCACGGACGGAUUGGACCCAGGGUACCACGGAAACCUGGGGUGAGCUGGGAUGUCUCGCUGAUCUUGGGGAGGGAUCCAAAAGGAAGUGACGAGUUCGACCACCUCGGUGACCGAAUCUUUCUUUAUGAGAUUUGUGUUUAUUGACAUUGAAUCCCAUUUUGAGACAGUCUAUAUCUCGUCAUAUAUCUCGCGUACCAUCAUCUCGAAUCAUAUCAAGGAGACCCGUAAGUGGACGGAGACUGGUGAUGGAGCCCCGAGCGGGGGGCGGGGAACUUGGCAAACCACAGAACGGAAUCGCCUUGUUUACUCAUCAUCUUUCAUGUCAGUGUAGUUACUACAUAACCCUACCUCUAUGACUUAUAGCUGAACAUUGCUGUCGUCGUACUUGAUCGUGGUCAAUCUCCAUAUUGUCUGUCAUUCAGUUCGUAUUUGGACAGUCUGGUCAAUGUCGGACAGUAUAUUAUAUUUAUCUGCAGAUCCAAUGUUAGUGACGUCAUGGUAUUGUCUUGCCUUAUUUGUUUCCUCAGUCGCUCAUCGUGAUCUGUCAACAGUUAUCUCCCAUCUUAGCGUGAGGUCACGUGACACUGACGUCACUUAUUUUAACGAUUGCAUCAGUCAAAGUCAGUAACCUAUGGCAACAUGACGCUUUAUUCAGAGGAUCUUGCAUCAGAAAGAGGUAAUUAUGUCAAGGCCAGCAUCCGAGAUUAACAAUACUCGUUCCAAUUUACCUCUAGGGAUGACAGUAAUCAAACACUCCCAGCAUUGUAGUGUCAUGUCACCAUUUUCCUUGCUUUUUACAAGAUUUACUCGCAAUUGAUUUGUUGUACAUGCUCUUCAGAUUUGUACUUCUCAUUUUCCUUACCAUAAAUCUAGAAGUUGUAGCGGUGCUAUUCAGUAGUCGAGAAAAGCUGCACAGACAAAACAUUAGGGUUUUGAUUGUAUGCAGAACACUACUGUUCUAACGAUUGGUUGUAAAUGCAUAGUCUAUUUUUAUUCAGGGAAAACCCUGUCAAAGCGUGUUACGAACACAAAAUGGCAUUUUGAGAUUGUUAAAAUGUGAAUCAACUGACCACUACCUACACAGUGAAUCGCCAUGCGCAAUACAAUGCAUGCGGUUACACUGGUUUUCUGGCAUCUGUGCGCUCUUCUCCCGACGAAUGAUCACAUGAUGGUACAGUAGUGUUGAUAUACGUUACCAUGGUAACAGCCAGACUGGCGAAGUGACAUGUAUUCGUUACUGGAUGUAUACGUCUUUAAUAUUCAAAUUGCAUAAGUCUUUCAUAUUUUUGUACAAUAAAACUGUGUUUAUUGCACUCAAGUUAA